CUUCUCAGGAAACGGAGAUGGAAACUGAAGCAGCGGCUAAAAGGAGGACGGCUGUUUCACAGUAAACCGAAACUCGUCUCUCAUCCUCUGGUUUCUCCACCGCAGCCUGGCUCACCACUUCUCACCGGGACGCGGCGGGGAUGGUCUCCUCUCAGUAUCAGCAGCAGCGGGUGAAGACCACCGAGACAGAGAGGAGGUCAUAAAGGUGGAACAACGAUGAGUCUGUCAGGAAAACAGAGGAAGAAAAAAAACGCAUUUGGGGCUACAUCCCCACCUUUCAUUGACUACUUGAAGGAGAUUCUGAGACGGUAUCCUGAUGGAGGACAGAUAUUGAAGGAGUUAAUACAGAACGCAGACGAUGCAGGAGCUUCAGAAACCGUGUUCAUCUACGACGAGAGAAGAUACGGCACUCACAGCGUGUGGAGCGAAGCUCUCGGGAAGUACCAAGGACCUGCUCUCUACGCUUUCAAUGAUGCAGCGUUUACUGAGGAAGACUGGGAGGGCAUUCAGCGAGCAGGAAGAAGCAUCAAGCAAGACGAUCCAACCAAAGUGGGGAGAUUUGGGAUCGGCUUCAACUCUGUUUACCAUGUCACAGACUUGCCAUGCGUAUUCAGUUCCAAACACCUUGCUGUUUUUGACCCACAAAAGACAAUGUUCGAUGAUGAGCAGGAGGGCUACCGAUGGUCACUGGAUGAUGAGGAGGAUAGAAAGCACCUUCUGGAAUACACAGAUCAGUUCAAGCCUUUUCAAGAUAUUGUUGGUCUGGUCUGCGACUGUGCUUGGGAGAAAAUCAUCAGUGAGCAUUACUUCAAGGGAACACUUUUUCGAUUUCCGCUUCGCAGUGAAGCUUCUGAGAUUUCCGAUAAUUUAUACGACUCCUUGAAGGUUGUGCAACUCUUUGACAGUUUCAUCGCAGAUGCCGAAAUCAGCCUUCUCUUUCUGAGAAAUGUGACAUCCAUUUCUUUGAUGCACAUUGACACGAAUGGCACUGUCAACAUUAGGAUGAAAGUUUCUGUCUCAUCUUCUUCAAGUCCUCUCCCUCAAGACAGCAAGGCGCAUGAUUUCCUGAGAGAAUAUGUAGAAGGUGUAACCAGCUUUAAAACUGUGUCCUGUGUUUCACCGUCUGAGCCUGAAACAAAGACCAAGUGGCUAGUGACGACCUGUCUCCUAACGGAAGGACGUGUACCGGAGAUUGACACCCUUGCUGACAAGCUGAGUUUUCAUCCUCAGGUUGAUGUAGCAUUUCAGUGCGGCGAAAUCAAAACGGGUGUCACUGGAAGACUGAGCUGCUUUCUGCCCCUUCCAAACAAUGAGACAAAUAACACAGGCCUCCCUGUUCAUGUUAACGCAUGCUUUGGCCUUACGGACAACCGAAGGUACAUCAAGUGGCAGGAGGAGGACCAGAAGAACGAUGAAUCGGCAAUGUGGAAUGAGCUGCUAAAGAAUGAAGUUCUUCCUCAUGUAUAUCUCAAGAUAAUCCAGGACGCCAUUCAAUUUUCCAGAAAGUCAAUGCUGCCCGUCAGCACUGUGUACAGUCUUUGGCCUGACCUGAGCAAGACUGAACAAAGGGACCGAUGGCAUGAGGUUGCAAUGGAGGUUUAUAAACAGUUAUUCACAGGUAAAAACAUCUUUUCUCUUGCUGCAGAUGAGGAAGGCUGGGUGGCUGCUUCAGAGGCUGUUUUCCCAACCAACAAUACGGACACAGACACAAUGUCAGCAGUUGCACGGUUAUUGAUUGCAGAAAGAGAAAACCUUGUCACUGUUCCUGAACAUGUAUUGAAAGCUAUACAGAGAGCUUUCCCCGAACCUGCAACUCUGCAAUGGGUGACACCGUGCUUUGUUAGAACUGUGCUCCGCAAAACUGAGAUUGGAAAUGUCUCUAAGGAUGACAAACUGUCCCUCUUGGAGUAUGUGCUCAGUGAUGGGAAGUAUGAGGAGCUACAUGAUCUGCAGCUUCUGCCACUUAGUGAUGGAAGUUUCAGGUCAUUUACCAAUGAAGAGGAGGACACAGCUUUGAUUGACAAUGAGGAUUUCUCAAGAAUGCUGCUGCCUUUUUGCAAAGAGAGAUUUUUGCGUGAUGACCUGAACACAAUCGAUCAUCUCAGACAAAUGGCCAUGACAAAUCCAGACCUGUACAAAAUAAUUAAUUUGGAUGCAAAGAACGUUGUAAUGUUUGCCAAGGAAUACUUACCCAGAGACUGGAAAGAGACUCAAGGUCAUGUGAAAUGGAAUUAUGCUAAAGAUGGUCAUCCACCAAAGACAUGGCUGACAGAAUUCUGGAAAUUUCUGAAUGCUCACUGGGAGGAGUUAAAUGAGUUCAUUGGCAUGCCUUUAAUACCUCUGGAACCACUUAAAAAAACAAGCAGUUCUACACUGUUAGCAAAGUUGGAGAAGAAUCCCACUUUGAUCUUUCAGAGCAGCAGAGAGUCCACCUUGCCAGAUCAAAUUCAGAAGGUGGUGAAGGUAGUGGGAGGCACAGUCAUUAAGAAAGAUGAAUGUCUCAAGCACCAUGACAUUGAAAGUUAUGUUCUCACAACUUCACCAAAGAACAUACUGCAAGUACUUUUGAACUUAGACAGUGACAAGGUCAUUAGCGGCAUUGCUUCUGCUUCACUUCAUGAAAAAGAAGAGUUUAAAACAUAUAUCUCUUCUAUGGAUUGUAUCUGUGAUGCUGAAAAUCAGUUACUAUCAGCUCUGCCUCUCUUCAGAUUAAUGUCUGGAAAAUAUGUUGCUGUCGAGUCAAGACAGGCAGUUAUUUUAAAGUCUAACCCACCCAUCCCAACAGAUUUGCCUGUGCCGGAGACCAUUGUGCAGUGCGCAAAUGAAGCAGACCGUAGACUUUUGAUACUCCUAAAGGUUGACCUUCUGGAUGCAGCUCAGCUGGCUAUUCACUUAGUAGGCUGCAUUGAAAGAAAGGCUUUCAACAAAGAGGAGGAACAGAAAAUAAUGACUUGGAUACUGGAUCAUGGAAAUGUCCUACUCUCACAAAGUGAGGAACUGCUCAGGAAAAGUAGGAAUCUCAGUUUCAUUGAAACGGAACACGCGGAGCGCAAGCAACCAUCAAGUGUCCUCGAUCCCACAAAUAAAAUCUUCCAAGAUCUUUUUGAGGAAGAUUUCUUUCCUCCACAAGUGUACAGGACCCACGUGAUUCUUCAGAGCUUGAAACAACUUGGUUUACGAACAAAAGAAGAAGAAAUAUCCCCAACAGAUAUUCUUCAUGUUGCCUCACAAAUUCAAAAGCUCCAUAUCCACUCUCGAAAUAAGGCUUUCAAAAAGGCGGACGCUCUUGUAGGAGUAUUAAACAGAAAUGACUUGCUUUCAAAAUUUUCUGAGGAAGAAAGAGGAGACCUUCUUCAAAUGCAGUGGGUGCCUUGUGAAAAUCCAAAUUCAGUAAGCCGUAACAGUAAGAACAGUCAGAAGAGGGGUCUUUAUAAACCAUCUGAAAUAAGGGCUUCAAAAUACUUUGCUAUUGUGGGGCAUGUCAUGCCACUUACCUCGGAGCUAAGGGAGGGUGUCUGCCAAAAACUUGAUCUUUUUAUCCCUCCUCCAGCUGAAAAGGUCUUGGAGAACCUUUGUGUACUGGGAUCAAUGGCUCCACUGCUGGUCAACCCAGAUUCGGAUUAUGAAUUUAAGAAUAAGGUACACAGCACUUACAAAUUCAUGCAGGAACACACUGAAUAUUUCAGAGAGGAGAUGAACAAGAAAUGCAUUGCUUGGCUCUGGUGCCAGAAUGAGUUUGUCUCACCUCGGGAUGUAGUGCUGGUCUAUCCGGAUGAAUUAGAUCUCAGCCUUUACAUCAAGAAAGUACCAGAGGAAUUUUUGCAGUAUGCUGACAUGCUGAAAGAAUUUGGUGUAAAGGAGACACUCUCUGAUGAGGAGAUCCAAGACAUAUUCCAUGACAUAAAACAAAGCAUUGAUGAUAGAGAUCCACCUUUUGGGGAGCCCUCUGAACUUAAGGUGUCAAUAGCCAUCCUUGAUUGGAUGCGGAAGAAUGAAAAACCUUUGAAGACCAAUACACCUGUGCCUGUCCGAGCAGAAAACCAAAACUUCACCCUAGAGCCUCUGAAGAACACGGUUUACUGUGACAUCAGUGAUGAAGGGUUAGAGGACCUGAGACAAGACAAGGAGGAGUUCCAUGUAAUUCAUGAAGAGGUACUAGGUCUCACAGCUAAAUGGCUCAAAGUUCCUUUCCUAAGUACCCGUAUUUUAAAACCACAGUUCAUAAGAGCUGAAGAAGAGUGUCCAGGAAUUGAGCAGUGUGGGCAGACAGAACCAAUUACUCAGAGAAUCAAAAACAUACUUAAAGAGUAUGACGAGGUUAGUGACAUUUUCAAAGAACUCAUACAAAAUGCAGAAGACGCCGGAGCAAGUACAUGUGGAUUCCUACUUGACUUCAGAACACACCCUCCUGAAAGCCUCAUUGAUGACGGAAUGGCCCUAUGCAAUGGACCCUGUCUUUGGACCUUUAACAAUGAGCUCUUCUCAGAUGAAGAUUGGAAAAACAUUGUCAGAGUUGGUUCUGCCUCGAAAGAAAACAAAAUUGAGAAAAUUGGAAACUUUGGACUUGGGUUCAAUGCUGUUUAUCACUUGACAGAUAUUCCAUCCAUUUUGAGUGGUAAAAGUCUUCUCAUUCUCGACCCAAAUGUCACCCACCUGGAAAAGCACAUACAUAGUAAAGCAAAUCCUGGAAUUAAACUUGACUUGUUCCAAGAGAGGCUGUUUAGAAGGUUUCCUGGACAGUUCCGAUCUUAUCAAGGAAUUUUUGGUUGUGAUCUGACAAAGAGUAGCCAGAACUACUACAAAGGUACACUGAUUAAAUUACCAUUUCGCACUUCAGAGGAGGUCUGCAAGUCAGAAAUUAGCUGCAAGGUGUACGACAAAGAGGGCAUACGUGCUUUUCAGCAGCACUUCACUGAUGAUGCCCAAAGUCCCCUGCUAUUUCUUAAAAACAUAAACUCAGUGUCUCUUCAAAUCAUUUCUGAAGGUGCUUCCACACCUCCACUACAGACACAAAUUCAGACACUCCUCAGAAUCUCCAAAGAGGUAGUUUGUUCCAUGAAUAUAUCAAAUGAAAUGCAUGUUGAAGACAUCAGGAACGCUAUGGAAAAUGUGGACUCAAAUUGCCACAAAGUUGUUGAUUGCUUUACUGCACACAUUGAAGAAAUAGUUUAUGAGCAUGUUGACAGAACCACCAACCAGUACUGGCUCCUCUACUCUUGUUUAGGGACAAAGGAUUCCAUGCGAAUGUUUCAGAGAGAAUUACAGGAGUGCAAGUUUUCUCUUCCAAUUGGAGGAGUUGCUGUACCGCUACAAAAAGAAGCAGAAAAUGUUUGGUCCCCUGAUGAAAGUUGUGCAGUUGGCCAGGCCUUUUGUUUCCUUCCUCUUCCAAUUGAGACAGGCCUCCCAGUUCAUCUCAAUGGGUCUUUUGCAGUCACAUCAAACAGAAAAGCUCUCUGGCAAAGUGGUACAAAACUGGAGUGGAACAAAGCAUUACUCCAAGAUGCUAGUGCCACUGCCUAUAUCACCACACUAUUGGAGUUAAAGAAGAUGGCCCAGAACGGGAAUCUUCAAAACUAUGAUUACUACACAUUUUGGCCUGAUGCUAAAAAAGUGAGUAAAGCCUUUCAACCCUUGGUUUCCGCUUUUUACUCAGCCAUUACACAGCGCACAACUGACAGAUCUUUUGAGCUCUUCAGUAAUGGACAAAGCUGGUGCUCAAUUGACAAGGCAAGAUUUCUGGAUCCAGAGAUUGAGAGACAAAAAGCAGUGGGAGAACUUGCCAUAAAAGUAUUCCUGAAUGAUACAGAAUCAAGCUACUGUGCUGUUCCUUUACCAUUGUGGGUGAGAAAUAGCUUCAUUCAGUGUGGUUUCCGUGAGGUGGUAGAAGAGAGGACAUUUCAUUGGGUUGAGUUCUAUCAAGUUGUUUUCAAGAACUUAAACAACAUGGAUCCACACUGUAGGAAUGCUCUUAUUUUGAAUGCGAUUGAUUUGAAUGACCAUGGAGUUGAUGCAUUACUGAAAAGUAACCCAUGCAUUGCAACACAGAAAUCUGACAAACUUCAGUUCAUCAGCAAACUUGUGAAUCCUCAUGGCAAAGUAGCAUGCAUGUAUGAUCCAGAGGAAGGGCGCUUUCUUGAUGGGACCAAAAAUGACUACUUCACACCCAGAAGAAUCCAGCGCCUUUCAGGCUUGGGAAUGCUGAGUGACACUCUCACGUUGGAAGAUGUUGUAGAGAGAGCAAAGACAAUUUCAAGAGCUUGGACUGAAGAUCAAAAGAAAGCACAGAAAUGUCUCCAGUGUCUCUUUGACUGCAUGAAGGAACAUUCAAAUGAUGACCGCUCUCCACACUGGGAAACACUGAAACACAUAUCAUUCCUUCCUGCUCGGAUUAUCGAUCAGGAUAAUAAUGUGACGACCAGACUCAAAAAGCCAUCUGAAGUCUACAGUUACUGGUACUAUGAUUUGGUGAACAUGACAGAAUUCAGUGCUGAUCACUUAAAUCUACUUAUACAGCCUAACGACCCAGUCCUCACAAAAUUGGGAGUGAAUAAGACCCUACCAGUCAAGACAGUGCUCAAACAAUUAAAAGAGGCACAUGAUCGUUCGGAUACAUUUAAAAAAACAGUGCUUCUUAAUGUUGCCAAAAGCUGUUACAACUAUCUCAACAAAUAUUUGAUUGAUGGAGGAGAUCCUGCUGCUAUUAUUGACCAUGCACAAUCAAUCCCAUUUGUUCUUAUCGAAGGCCACUUUGUAAAUGUGCAGUCAAUUGCCAAGAGUGGGGGAUUUGAGGAAAAGCCUUACCUCUAUGUCCUUCCAGCCAUCUUCUCUCAAUUUGAGAAUCUUUGGAACUGUGUUGGCAUCAAAAAUCAGUUUACAGCAGAGCAGUUUGUUGCUGUACUCCAGGAAAUAAGUACUUUUCCUGGACCACUUUCAAAGUCAGGUCUUCAUACUUGUCUUUCCAUAGUCGUAAAAGGACUGUAUGAGGCAAAGGUUGAACUUAGAGACUGUCUUCUACCUGAUGAAAAAGGUGUGCUGACACAUGCAAGUAAGCUUAACUAUAAUGACAGCCCAUGGAUGCCAGUGCAAGCUGGGGUAAAGCUUUGCCAUAAACUAAUACCUCGGUCUGUUGCAUGUCAUUUUGGUGUAGUAACAACAAGACACCACACUCUGAAGAAUCAUUUAGUUGGUGGGUUUUGCCCUUUCACUCAAGAGUUUGGACAACAUGAGAAACUAACUGUUAGACUAAAGAACAUAAUGGAUGCAUAUCCAUCCAAGAAAGAUAUCCUGAAAGAACUCAUACAGAACGCUGAUGAUGCAGAGGCAACCGAAAUCCACUUUGUAUGGGACAAAAGACAGCACAAGACUGAACAAAUAUUUGGAGAGAAAUGGAAGUUGCUUCAAGGUCCAGCCCUUUGUGUGUACAACAACAAGAAAUUUUCAGAUGAAGACUUAAAGGGCAUUCAGCAACUAGGGAAAGGAGGAAAACAUGGCACAUUGGGCAGAACUGGGAAAUUCGGACUGGGUUUUAACUCUGUUUACCAGCUGACUGACUGCCCCUCUAUACUAACUGGUGAUGAAAAGCUCUGUAUAUCUGACCCAAAUCUGGAAUAUGUGGAAAGUGGUACAAAAGAGUCAGCAGGCUGCAUGUAUUUAAUGGAUGACAAAUUCAAAGAGUCUUUCAAAGAUGUUUACCAUACAUUCCUUCCCGAAAAAUUUGCUGUUCAGUCUGGAACCAUGUUCAGAUUUCCCCUCAGGACAGAAACAAUGGCAGAGAAAUCUGAGAUAUCUAGACAUGUAGUUACAGAUCAUGAAAUGCAAGAACUUAUAUAUGCUUUGACUGAAGAUCCUGAGGGACUGAUUCUUUUCUUGAAGCACAUCACAAAAAUACAGUUCAGUAUUGUUAAUACAAAUGGAACUGUACAGAAUGUUUUCCUAAUUGAGAAAAAAGUCACAGAGAGUGUUCAAGAGGAAAGGGAGAGUUUUCAUAACCAUGUCCGUAAUUCUCUCAAAUCUGGGCAGGUAAUUCCAUGUCAAACUAUCUAUAACAUGCAAAUCUCAUCUGGAAAAAAGCACAGCCAGUGGAUUAUUGCUGAACGUUUUGGCCCCCUUCUGCAAAACGGGAAAGAAGAUGGCAAUUCCAACUUCAAAGUACCUCAGGUGGCCCUGGCAGCUUGUGUAGACACAAAACCAGCCGAGGCUGAAUUCACUGGAAGAGCCUUUUGCUCACUUCCAUUGCCUGUUGAAACUGGUCUUCCUGUGCAUGUGAAUGGGAACUUUGAAGUGGAUGAUUCCAGAAGAGAUCUGUGGAAAGAGGAUGCUGAAAGUUUGAAGACCAGGUGGAAUCAGUCACUGAAACUGAACACAAUUGCACCUCUAUAUGCUGACCUCCUAAACCAUGUCUGUGCAAACUUUAAGACAGAUAAACCAUACGUAUUAGCAUUGCUCAAACCAGAACUGGACUCUUGUUUCAGAUACUUUCCAUUUGUGUCAGAAAAUGUCACUCAGGUUUGGCAUGAGAUGAUCAGUGAAGUUUAUAGAUCAAUUUACCAACAAAAUCUUCCUGUGAUACCUACUUUAAGAAGUGUUGCUGAUGACCACUCGCAUCUCUCAAAUCCAAAGUACAUUGUUAACUGGUCCACUGUCUCAAAGCCAGACCCAACAGAUUUACCUUAUUUCAUGCCACAAAGCUACAAUAACAUUCUUCAAGUUUUGGAGCACACUGGAAUGAACUUGGUACCAUACUUUCGGAAAAUGGAAAAAGUUAAGGACAGUUUUAAAAAAGCAGGUGUGAACGUGGCUGAAGUCAGUCCUUUAUCAGUGAUCAAUUAUUUGAAGAAAAAAACACUGAAUGAUCCCUCACAAACUGCUCAUGAUUUACCUUUACCUGUCAGCCAGACCUUGCUUAAAGAUGCACAGAGUUGUUCAAAGCUCCUGAAAUUUUGUCUAUCAGAUGUGAAGAUGUCUAGCACUGUUGACCUUAAUGGGCUACCUCUCCUCCUCACUCAAGACAAGAUGCUGAGAAAGUUCAGCUCUGACUCUCCAAGGCUAAUUUCAAGAUUUGCCAACAUUUUUCUGGGAUGUGAGUCAGAAUUUGCAGAUUUUUCCAUAGAUAAUAAACACAUCAAAAUUCUGCUACAGGGGAAAUACCUUGAGAAAUUAACCAUCCCAGUGGCAGCAAAGUUUUUGAAACCAGCGAUUCAGCAACUGCUGCAAAAUUCAGUGCCAAAUCAAAGGAAUGGGCUUUAUAGAGCAGAGAAAGACACCUCAUGGUUGAAAAAACUGUGGGAAUUGUUUGAUGAGCAAGCCAAAGAGAACUCACACUUUCAGUUUAGUGAAAUAAAAAAACACUUUUUUGACAGUCCAGUUUUGCCUGUCAUUUGUCAGAAGAACACACAUUUCCUACAAACGUUCAGUAAUCUAUAUAGUGUUGUUCCUGAUCUUGGAGAAUACACUUCUUCCAUUUCUUCCAUUCUUCUAAAACUUGGAUUUGUGACAUUAGACCGCACAUUUUUCUUAGGUCUUGCUCAGUUGCUGCACAAAUAUGUGGAACCAGAGCUCUUGAAAGUCAGAGACACCAGUGCUGUUUUGGAGCAGUUGUAUCAGGUUCCUCAUUCACAGUUUGAGGUGCUUUCUGCUGGUGAUGCUGAUGACGUUCAGCAUUACUUGCAAUCUGGCAUCAGGUCCUCCAAAAACACAAAUGACUAUCAGAGAAAGCUCAAGUCCUUGCCCUUAUUUGAAACAAUAUUUGGAAAGCGACAACGAAUUGAUUUGCACCAAGAUGUAUUCAUUCUGACAACUGAGUUCCAAACAAGGUUUCCAGACUUGUACAAUUUUAAUGACAGCAAUGUAAUUUUCCUCAAGUGCAGUCUUGUAAACAAAGGACUGUCAGAAAGUCUCAACAUUCAGUUUUUAGGGGACGUGGAGUACUGUGUAAAAUUCAUGCUUCCCUCAGUAGGCAAGCUCAAAGAAGCUCAGCUGCUUGAUUUAGUAAGGCUGCUAUUGGAGCUGAGACAAAAAUCAGAUUAUGAGAAUUACCAAGACAGAAUUGUUUCAGCAUUGAGGGGUGUCCAGUUUAUUCGUGACAUCCAUGAUUGCCUUCAGAUGGCCUCAUACUUCUUUGAUGACGAUAUAGACCUUUAUAAGGUUAUGCUUCCAGAAGAGAGGUUUGUGCCAAAGGCAUUUUGGAAACUAUUCCAAAGUACAAGUGAUGGAGCAAAAAGCCUUCUAAAGGAACUAGGACUAAAACAUAAAGUGUCAGAGGAGGAAAUAAUUGAAUUUGCACAUCAAAUUGAAUCAGAUUCUAGAGGUAACACUGAUCUGGAUGUUCUUAAACAGAGAUCAUCAACACUGUUCGAGGUUGUUUUGCAUGAGAGUGCUGAGAAAAAAUCAAAGUUGAUGCAGAAAAUAGCAACCAUCAAAUUUGUAUUUCCUGUGCAGAUUGAAUCAGCACUUUGUGAUUAUCACAAAGCUUUUGCUCAAGUAAGAGAUGUUGUUGCUAUUAAAGGAUCACUGUUGGAAAAAGACUUUGGUCACCAAUGUCUCAUAUGGACUGCCAUGCCAAUACUGCCCUCAAUAGACUCUCCAAGACACAUAGAUGCCUUGAAGUGUGCUGGAGCUUUGGAUAAACCUCCUUCAGAGCAAGUCAUGCAGAAUUUAAAAAAUAUCUGUAAAUCCUUGUGCAACACUGAAGCUUUACUAGGUACAAGAGCUACAGUGUUCAGCAGCUCAUAUGCGUACCUACAGUCUGUGGAUUUUGAUGCUUCUGUUUUGGCUGACAUCUCUGUCAUUCUCACUGAAAAUGACACAAACCUUGUGAAAGCCAGCCAAGCAGUCCUUUCGCUAUCAAAUCCAAAUGAGUUUAGGCCUUACUUAUACCCCAUUCAAGGGAAACAUGCAAUGUAUGCAGAAUUCUUCAAGAAGAUUGGGGUUGAAGAGAAGCCUACAAUUACACAGUUGUGUACUGUUCUACAGGAAAUCCACACAGAGUGUUGUAACAAGACAACACUUCAGCCAAACCAGCAGACAACAGUGAAACGUGUUGUACAGCAACUUUUCUGUCUGAUAAAAAAUGACUCAAAAGGAACUACUUUUCCCAAGAACACGCUCUAUCUCCCAUCAACAGAUGGGAAACUCUACGAGUCCAGCACAUUGUUUUUCAAUGACACGGUCUUUCAGGCAAAAAGAUUGGAGGACUCACUUAAAACAAAGCUGAAGCUGCUUGAGAAGCUACACCACUGUCACCUUGGAAAUGACCACUAUGAACAUCAAAAACUGUUGCAGUUGCUUCCUCAAAAAAUUUGUCCCAAGCUCCUCUCUCAGGUAAUUUCUGAACACCUGGUUGGCGUGCAGGUGCAACGCUGCGACUACCGAAAGGAAUGUGAAUUCAGUGGCUGGUUUGAAAAGCACUUGUCCUCUCAUGCGUUUCGUCAUGGUCUUAUCUGUUUGAUCAGAGAACAGAGCAAUGGUACAGUUUCACAAACUGAUGCUGCACAGAUGUGCGAAAACAUAUUUGGUAAAAUUCAAAUCAUCUGUUGCAGAACUCUCCGAACUGAGCUUUUGUUAUACCAGGAGCCACUGGAAGGUACCCAGACUGAAACACAGGUUUAUGUGCAAAAGCAGCACGGUGGGUGUAUCUUCUAUUUGAAACACAAUGAUAGCAUGGCUCUCAAAGUAGUGAAUGAAGUCACCAUGCAUCUUACCAGAGAAAUCAAUAGUCUUCUUCAAAACAUCCUGAACUCCUUAAGCCUACCAGUCCUCGGGCAGCUUUUGUUGUGUGAAAACAUGGAGGACGUUGAAAGAGCAUUGGAACAAAAUGGAAUCCAUAACAGUGUAAGUGAGGGAGAGGGGUUUGGUGCCCGUCCAAGUCCUGGAAGUCCUAUACCAGAAGAAUGGCAUGAUUGCCUUGAUAUGAGCCCCCUCAACAGUUUUGAAAAAGGGGAAUAUGUUGGCUUCAGAAAGGAUGAAUCAAAAAGUGAAUAUGUAUUUGCCAUCAUUGCAGAACGUCUGGAUGAGCUGCCAGGAGGGACCCAACGAAAUCCUCCAAGAUAUAAAAUUCAGAUUGGGAAUGACAAGUUUAUUGAAGUAAGUGCCCUUGAUCUUUAUCAGUUUAAAAGAGAAGCAAGAGCUGGGAGUGAUGAGUUUAUUGAAGUGAGCUCCACUGAUCUUCAUCAGUUUAGGAGAGAAACAAGGUCAGCUUCAAUGACAAAUGACAGCUGCACAGAAAUAGACAUUAUGCCAAAGCCUGCCACAGCCUCACAGAAGAGGCCUACACCAAAGACACUGGAGGAGGUCAAAAGAGAGAUUGACCAAAGUCUGAAAGAAAUCUGGAACAUGUCUCCAGAGGACAAAUGUAAAGCCCUUAGACGCCUUUACUUAAGGUGGCAUCCAGACAAGAACUUGGACAACCCAGAUCUUGCCAAUGAAGCCUUCAAAUAUCUAAAGAACAAGAUUGAUGAGCUGCAGCAAGGGAAGACUAAAUGCAGCACAUUCUCCAGUUCGAAUGACUUUAGAGAUUAUUGGUCCAGAUGGAAUGAAGAGGCCAGGAGUCACAGGAGGGGGCGAGAGCGAUUCUAUCAGAAUAAUUCCAGACAGUAUUAUAAUUUCUGGUCGUACUAUAGAGAUACACCAAGGCCAAACAGAGAGGAAGCCAAGCGAUGGUACAAACAAGCACAGUUUGACCUCAAUGCUGCUCAAAGUGAAACUACAGGCAAAGGGAGCCCAGAAUGGUGUCUGUUUAAAGUGCAUCAGGCAGUUGAAAAAGCCCUGAUAGCCACAGAGUACAGGAGAAGUGGCCAGCACUCAGGGAACUGCUCGAUUGCAAGCCUUGCCCAACAGAUUUCCCGUUACAGUACCCACCUCGGUGGUAUACCCAGUGAUGUAGCCCAACUCAGUGCCCUUGGUGUUGAUGCCAAGAAAACUCAGUACCCAAACUACCACCCAUCACCCCACAUACCACACGAGCAGUUCAAAUUUGAAGAUGCAAGAAAGGCAGUGAACAUUGCAACGGAGCUGCUGACGAAACUCGGCAAAUAUAUUACUGAUUGAAUGAUUUGUAUAUUGGGUUAACAAAAAAGUGUAAAUGGAGCAGUAUCAUUAUUCUUUCUGAUCAAAAUACAGAACUGCUGUAGAAAUUCACAAGUAAAAUGGUGAUUAAUCCUGUUCCUUGUUUAUUCCAGUUCUUUUGUAGUUGUUGCUUCUACUUAUUGCAACUCUCCUGUUUUUUUAUAUUCUUUUCAUUCAUUAUGCAUUAUUGAUUUUCAUUAUUGAUUUUCUUCUGAUCCUUUUGUAAUUGUCUCAAUAAUAAAUAAUACAUGUU